AUGGGAAUUACAAGCAGACGCCUUAUCAUGGUGGAGGUGGGUAUUCUAAUCGAGCCUCAGGUGCAGCUGGAGGAACUUGUGGGGGUUGUGAUCAACAGCAGUCGUCGAGCUUUUGCGGGCGUGAGCAAUAUGAUAACGAGAAUUACAACACUGUUGGCAAGGGCGCAGAUCAGCGAGACUCGUGGGGAUUCGGAAGUCGAAGCGGCACAGCAAAUUAUGACAACUACCACUAUAAUUCGGGUUAUGGUCGUGCCGAUGGUACAACAGGUAGUGCUACAACGACACACUUCCAAGGUAAAAACAAAAACAAUGACUAUUCCUACAAUAAUGGUCCAUCGUACAACACCAACGGCAAUAGCAAUUACUACAACAGCAGCUACGGUCGUCGCGAUAACAGUGCCCACCCAGCAGGUCAACAUCGCGGAACAGCAACAAUGA